CCAGGUGGCACCGAUUGUGGAUGCGGCGGGUGUUAUUCGCAUGUGCAUGUGCAUGUGCACCUCAGACAGUGAACGAAGCCUGACUUUCAACGCACAAGAUCCCAUAAAAUCUCCCAGGAUUCCCCGUCUAUCCGAGAAUCGAACGCACAAUGAACUUUAAUCCGUUUGGCAACACCUUCCCCGGCAAUAUUCCCGGUCUGCCGCAAUUCACGACGAGCACGGCGCCCCUGGUUUCCACGGUUACUGCCGCCGUGACGGACGUGACAGUGACUCCCUCCAACAAUCCGCAACAGCAACAGCAGCAGGAUGCCGCCGGCAGCAGCAAUCGCUACCAGCAGCAACAGGUAGCGCAUUUUGGCCAGGCCAAUAUGACGGCUGGCCAAGGAACCAGUGGCAAUAACAAGUUUCGUGGCGGCCAGGAGGAUGCCCUCCAGGGUGACAAGUACAAUGGACAUUUGGUGGCAUCCUCCCAGCAGCAGCAGCAACAGCAACAACAACAGCAGCAGCAGACGCAAUAUGCGACUGUUGCAUAUGCAAGUGCAACAGCAACGAGUGCUGCAGCGGAUGCCCUGCAGGCGGGAACUUCCGGCCAGCAGCAACAGCAGCAGAUGCAGCAGCAACAGGUCACCGCCCCACAGGAACUCACCCAAGAUCUGUGCAACGCCAUCCUGCAGCAACAAGUACUCCAGAAUACCUCGUGGCAAACUCUGACGCCGGGCACCACUGUCGCCGACUACCUCUCGCAUCUUCCAGCCAACACGUUGCCCCUUUCGCUGCACCACUUCCUCAAGUAUUCGGCGGAGACUAUCAAGAAGGAGAACCAGCAGAAUGUGGUACUGCAGGUGCAGACGGGACCAGCCAUCGGGAUCAACACCCUGGGCACGACAACCAUUAGUAUACCUCAGCAGGAGCAGCUGACGCUGCAGGCGCCGCAGCAGACGACGCUGCAGGUGCAGACGCAGGCGGCGGUCACGGCGACGGUGACGUCGGUGACGGCGACAACGACCGGCGGAACUGGCGGCACUUCCGGGAAGAAAAAGAAGCGCAAAAAGCGGAGCAAGGACAGGAAACCGAAGCUGCGACCUGGAGAGAUUCGCCUGGGAACAGCGCUCGACGGCAGUCCACUGUACAUGUGCCCCGAAUGCCAUGUGGCGUAUCCGGAACCGGAACUACUGGAGGUCCACCUGGUGGGUCACAACCUGGAGAAGAGGUACGUCUGCGAUAUCUGCCAGGCGUCGCUGAAACGCAAGGAUCACCUCACCCGCCACAAACAGUCGCACAACCCUGAGAGGCCCUACAUCUGCACCGUUUGCCUGAAAGCCUUCAAGCGAAAGGAGCAGCUGAGCCUGCAUUUUGUGAUCCACUCCGGGGAGAAGCGCCACCAGUGCGGCGAGUGUGGCAAGGGCUUCUACCGCAAGGAUCACCUGCGCAAACACACCCGCUCCCACAUCGCACGUCGGGUCAAGGCCGAGCUGAAUAGCCAUGUGCGACGCGAGAAUGGCACCAGCAUGCUGCAGCCCGUGGUCACGGAGGCAACAACGGCGGCCCUGCAACAUGCCAACCAACUGGCCACCGCGCAGCAACAGUUGCAACAGCAACAACAGCAACAACAGCAGCAGCAGCAGCAACAACAGCAACAGCAGCAACAUCACAUAGUGAUCACCCAGCAGCAACAGGCACCGCAGCAACAGCAGCAGCAACAGACUUCGCAGCAGCAGCAACAGCAGCAAAUGAUAAAUUAGCCAAAUGAUUUUUGUAAAGUCAGUUAAAGCAAAAUUCAAUUUAGUAUCAUCCAAGUCCUCUGAAGGCUUGGUUGCUCAAAAAAUAACUCUUUCGGUCCACACAAUUUAAUUGACUCUCACAAAUCGGAUACUACAAACAGGAGGAUGUUAGCUAAUGUCUUCAAGGAUUUCCCCAUGGGAAUUCUCAACGUUGUACAAUUUUAAUCGUAAGUCCACGAUGAAAAGGGGACCGUCCGCAAGGCACAAUUUCUGGGAUAACAUUAGCUUCAUUUUGAUACAAUCCUUUGAUGGUUUAUUUCAACUCAUUAAUUUUCAAUUUUGUAACAGGUAUUUUUAACUAAGUUAUACAAGUGGGUUAAUUUAACUCAUAUUGAAUAUUUUAAACAAAGCUAAAUAAGUCAAAUUUAAAUUGAUUUUUGAAAUAGAUCUCAAAUAUUCACAUUUUCUAAAAACACUUUAUAAAAUGCCCCUAUUCAAAACAGAGUUUGUAUUAUGAUUUCUAUUUUGUAAAUUUUUGAUUAGCUUUCCAUAGAUAAAUAUUAUCCCAAAAUGGUCGGUCCCAGGCCUUUGUCCGCCCUAACAUUCCAUACUCUAAUUUAAGACAAAUGUGCAAAGGAAUAAUAAUUUUAUACGCAAUGUAUUUUAGUGAAAUGUAUUUUUCUACAAUUAGAAUCAAUGUUGUAUGGUAUGUAUGUCUGUCCAUAUGUACAUACACCUGUACGAUUACAUGAAUACUGUUCACUGGCAGCGAACUAUAUAUUUAUAUACUAUGUAAACAAAUGCAAUUUAGAUUUACACUUACUUGUAGGAACGAAUCUAAAAUUGUGAAUGUACGUAUAACAUUUUGCUACACCGAUAAAUC